AAUUUAUAUUGCGGACCUAACUUAUAUAAUAACAAACUUGUUCGACACCUUUCCCGUCAAGAAAUAAGGGAGAAGUGUAUAAUGAUCUCUUAGGCUGUGGGAAGAGGGCACAACUGAGAUGGAGGUGGAAUGGCUUCUAGUAAUCCACGGCCUGGUGACACUGCUAGUAUUGAUUUCUUUCCUCUGCGGUCAAUGGCCUAUUUUCGAAGGCACUUUCAUUCAAAAAAUCAACUUCUUCCUCACUUUUGGUGCCUGUGAUUAUUUUCGCCGGUUUGUGGGUGCUGUUUUUGGUCAAAAAGGCUCCGAUGUACUAUUCUGCGUCGAGUACUAUUGUUGUGAUCGUCCUAAUCCUAUCCUCCAGGUCAUAUAUUUGGGAAUAAUUGGAGCCAGUUACUACUUUAUUGUGCAGUCAUGCUUUAAGUACAUUCCUGGGUAUUACUUAGGUGAAGUGCACAGGUACAUGAGCUUGUUGGCAGUUGGUGGGGGUAUUCUCCUCUUUCUAUUGACUAGCUUUUCUGACCCAGGAACUGUGAAUGCUGGGAAUGUUUCGCACUAUCUUUCUGCUUAUCCCUAUGACAACAUUAUUUUCUCAGAAAAAGAAUGUCCUACCUGCAAGAUACCAAAACUUUCUAGGUCAAAGCACUGCCGCAUUUGUGAUCGCUGUGUUGCUAGAUUUGAUCAUCAUUGUGGAUGGAUGAAUAAUUGCAUAGGCGAGAAAAACACCAGAUACUUUAUGGCUUUUCUUCUCUGGCAUUUUCUUCUCUGUUUAUAUGGGACAGUUGCUAUUGCACUAGUGCUAGCUGGCAGACUGAAAGAACUACGCGUUAUAGAUAUUCUUACUGUUUAUUAUGGCUUCGAGAAAUCAUUCAGUAGUUUGGCUCCACACGUUGUAGUGUGGUUGUUGGAUUCAUACAAUACUCAAAUACUUAUCAUGGUAUUUCUGGCAAUAGUGUCUAUGCUACUGGCUGGUUUCCUUGCAUACCACACCAAACUGUGUGUCACAAAUACCACAACAAAUGAGACUUUCAAAUGGCAAGAGUACUUAAGCUGGAAGAAGAAGGUAAACGAAGCAAAGGCAAGUGCAGCAGCUCUCAAAGCAAGUUUAGGUGAAUUAAACCAGGAAAAGAAGCUCCCUGUGAGCAAAUGGAAAGCCUUCUUCCAAAGGUCCCAUCUUGAAGAAGUGGAGGUGGUUAAGAAUAACAUUUACGAUAAAGGAAUGCUCCAGAAUGUCGUUGAGAUUGUAGUACCACUUUCAACAAGACGGUCAUUCUUACAGGGGAAACCAAAAUCAGGUUAGAAUUAUCAGUUAGUGACCCAUAUCUCAUAGGGGCUUGGUAGCUCAUCCUUGGUCCAAUGUCUUUAGUCUAAGUCUUACUACCAAGGACAGACUACAUGUGAAUCAGGCUCAUUUUUGCCAAACAUCUCACUGGCAAGAAUCGACAAGUUAUCCACCAUUCUUCUUGGGUUGGCAUGGCCAAGCAGUUUAAUUGCAUGUGGUGAAAAGGCUGCACGAGUUCUGAGGAAGGGGGUUAAGUUCGUGCAGCAGUGUUGCUUCCUUUUACUUUUUCUGCGGUUGCAGCUAUUGAAUGGGGCUGUUUGCUCUUCUUUUUUCGUGCAUUUCUACUUCCCACUUGUGGUGCAGCCUAGGUUCAUAUUUCUUGGAUGAUUUUUCAAUCGUUAUUUAACUUUUUAUACCUCUUUGCUGCUUAGCUGCAGAUUUUAUUAUGUAUUAUGUAAUAGGAUGAGGAUGAGCGCCUGGUAUAUGUUGCAAUCCUACGUCUCAUGUAUCCACCAGCAGAGUAGGGCUGUAGUUUUUGGAUAAAAUUCAAAUGAAUUUUGUGCUCAUGUAGCCAAAAAGAGAGAAUGUACCCAGCAGCUGAACUUCCUUUUGUUCUUUAUUAGGUAGAUUAAUUAAUUGAUGUGUGGAAACUGUUGUG